AUGAACCACGUCGAUGUGGAUCAGAUUCUAGAAGACUACGCGUGGCAUCAGUUCCAAGAUGUGCAAUCGCUUCGAAAAACUCGAAUCGAUGAUUUUCGUGGAAUCGAUAGAGACGACUGCGAGUUUGUAAUUAAUCGAAAGCAUUUGGUCGUUGUCUCGGAGGAUCCACAGUACUCUCACUUCCAGCCGGUUGGUUCCAAGCCAUACACUCUCUUCAAAUCUAUCUACACCAACAGCACGAAUCGUCCACAAGAGUACUCAUUCAAGACCGAGAGAACAACGGAGUCACUAUGUUCGGUGGCACGUGAACAGGGAUACACAAUCGGUGCGGAAGCAGAGUUGACACUCAAAACGCCAUGUGAAAUCGCAGAACUGAAAGCUGGUUUCAAACAUGAAAUGCAUUUCAACAAUCUCAAUGAAAACUGUCAAACUGAGAUUCUCUCAUGGGGUGUGGACAGCAACGUGUCAGUACCACCACACUACAUGACUGAAGCAUCAAUUAUCAUCGAAGAAAUGAACUAUAGAGGAAGCUAUUCGGUAGUCUCAAGACUCUCUGGAACAGUCGUUGUCUCGAUCCGCAGACGUCGUGACAAUGCUCUUAUAAUGCCAAUCCGUGUUGCCAUUGCUGAAGUCUUCCGUGCUCAGCUAGAUAGUCCACAUUGCAAGAAAGAGGUCAAGCAAGUUGUUAGUAUUGACCAAAAUCGCGUCGUCCGUCUCGUUAGCAAGGGUUCGUGUCAGUUCCAAUUCGCCAUGAAACAAAGAAUCGACCUGAAGGAGCAGCCGAUGCGAGCUAGCGAUGAAAUCAUGAUCGACUAA